GGUUCAUUUACAGGUCUUCUACAGGCGCACAAACACCCCCACAGACUUGAACUUUGGGCUUUGGGACACUCCACGCUGUGUUGUUCCUACAGAGAGAAGACAUUCUAAAGACCGCCGCAGAGGAACAAGAGACCAAAAUGGCGGGAAUGAGAAUGGCAACGCUGGUUUUGGCGACGGGGAUGUUGGCAACGCUGUUCCAACCCUCCCUCGCUGGAAGUCUGAUCGGCGCCUUCAGCAACAGCCUCGGCCCCGAUGAGAUUAUCAAGUACGACGUCGUGCAAGAAGGCAAUGGCUUCGAGGAGAGGAAGAUCCCGAGUCUCAACUGGGCGUGCGUCGAGCAGGAGAGUGGGUCCUCGGAGGCUGACCAGAUGGAGGUCUUCUUCAGGCUCUUCGGCUACCUGGGAGGCAACAACAUCCAAGGCGUGCGCAUGAACAUGGCGGCGCCCGUGAGCAUCGAGUACGUGAAGAACGGCACGGACGUGGUGCUCAGCGGCUGCUUCCUGGUCGAGAGGAGGCACCAGCAGCAGCCUCCGGAACCCACGGACUCCAGCAUCAAGAUCAAGGAGCGCCCCGAGAUGAACGUCCUCACGAGGAAGUUCGGUGGAUAUGCAACCUCGGACUCGGUGUGGCUCCGGGAGACGGCUGCACUCAAGGCCAUCCUCACGGCAGCCGGGAAGGAAGUCCGCUCCGAUCUGAUGUACUGGAAUGCAUACGACGCACCAUUCAAGUUCUGGAAUCGCAGGAACGAAGUCUGGCUCUUGGAAGCUGUUUAACAUGAUAACCGUCAUCUGGAUUAAUGGAAGUGCUCACCGGCAAUCAACCAAGCUGUGUAAAAUGUACUUCAGAGUACUUAAACUUUAAAUUGUGUCCAUUCAAUUUAUUGGCACCGUUGAGAUGGAACAAAAUUAAUAAAUGUCAUCAUUACCUUUAUCUUUUUAAAGUUUAUAAUUAAACCAUCAUUAAAUAUCA